AUGAAGAUAUCUACGACUCCGCACUCCUUCUUGCUUUCCUCCUUCACUCUGCCCUGUUCUUCAUGCGCACUGCGCUCACCCCCUUGCCCUCUCCCCCCGCACGCCCUCCCUCCCCGUGCGCCCUCCCCCCCCGUGCGCCCUCUCCCCCCGUGCGCCCUCUCCCCCCGUGCGCCCUCUCCCCCCGUGCGCCCUCUCCCCCCGUGCGCCCUCUCCCCCCGUGCACCCUCUCCCCCUGUGCGCCCUCCAGAGAUACCGGCGGGCGAGCUGCACGAGGUGGCGAGCGACGAGGACGAGGAGGGGGAGGGGCGAGGCGUGCAUGCUGGCGGGGGUUUCAUGGCCGCAGGCAGGCGCGGGCAGCAGGGGGGGCAGCAGGGGGCGCAAGGAGGGGCGCAGCAGGGCAUGGCGUGGAUGGGAGGGGUGGGGCGUGGGAGCGGCGCCGCUGUGCUGCGGGGCUUCUGUGAGGGGCGCGUGGCGCUGGAGGAAUGCAAAUGUGCGCGGCUGGCGUUUGUGGUGGGCGGGGAGGGCAGUGCGUACUACCGGCGGCGCGUGUGGGAGCUGGCGGAGAGGCAGAGGGCCGCCCAGGGCAGGGCAGCAGCGGGCAAGGCGGUGGGGAGCAGUGGGGGGGAGCACCUAGGGCCUGAUGCGCGGGGCGUGCUGCUGGGCGAGCAGCCGCUGCCUUCCUCCCAGCCUGCCCCUGCUCCACGUCUAUCAGCGCACCCCACACCCACCUCAACCGCCUCUCCUGCUGCUGCAGCUUCUGCCUUUACUUCUGCCGCAUCUCCUGCUGCUCCCCCCGCCCCCACUGCGCCGGCCUUCCAGCAGCACGGGGCGGCAGCUGAGCUGGCAGCAAUGAUGACAGCACGCUUCCACAGCAGUGGGCACGAGGACCAGGCGGGCAAGGGCGGCAUGAGCACGGAGAAGGCGGCGCUGCCUGCUGCACCCGGGGCAGACACAGCGCUGGCAGGGGCGGCAGCAGUGGUGGUGGCUCGGCGGAGGGAGGAGGCAUGGAGGCCGCUGCCUCUGCUGUGCAAGCGCUUCAACCUGCCCGACCCGUAUGCGGGCAAGGUGAGAUGGCCGUGCCACCCCGUGGGCUCAGUUGGGCAUCUCAUAUCGCGGCGACGCGGACGACCUGCGACCGCCGCGGACGGCCAGCGCGCGACCCCCGACGACCAGCGCGCUGCCGCGGACGGCCAGCGCGGCCUCGCCGACGGCCCGCGCGCUGACGCGGACGGCCAGCGCGGCCCCGCCGACGACCCGCGCGCUGACGCGGACAGCCAGCGCGGCCCCGCCGAUGACCCGCGCGCUGACGCGGACGGCCAGCGCGGCCCCGCCGACGACCCGCGCGCUGACGCGGACGGCCAGCGCGGCCCCGCCGACGACCCGCGCGCUGACGCGGACUGCCAGCGCGGCCCCGCCGACGAGCCGCGUGCUGACGCGGACAGCCAGCGCGCGGCCACGAAAGAACCGCGUGCCACCGCGGACGGCCAGCGCGCGGUCGUCGACGCCCCUGCGCCGACGUGGACGGCUGGCGCGCAGCCGCGGCUGAUCUGCCCGCCUGGUUAUACACUCCGCUCCGUCGUGUUCCAGGAGGAAGGCGGACUCCAGCCCAUCGCCUCUUCUGCCCCCACCGGACCUCCUCCUGAUGAGCCCGGACCUGAGCCCGAGUCCCCUGGUGAUCCUCCCUCCUUCGCACCGGAUGUCAACAAUCCUCAAAGCUUGGAAACUGCCAUCCGUGCCUACCGCAACACACUCAACGACCACCUUCGCCGUCAACAGCGCUAUGAGGACGACAAGCGCGCCUACGACGAGGCUGCUGCCCGUCACCGCGACUACCACGCCCAACUCACCACGUACACUACACGCCUCGCUAGCUACACCUCCGACAUCGCUGCGUGGCGCAUUGCUGACCGUCGAGCUCUCGCCAUCCUCCUCGCCACUAUCCCCUCAUCCCUCAAGCGAGAACUCUCACCCACCUCCUCCUCCCACAUGUGGCAACUGCUUGUCGACCUCUUUGACCGGCAGGACAUCGCCACCCUCUGUGCCCUCAUCAAGGACUUUGGAUCCAUCACCAUGGAUUCCACUGCCGGCGCAGCCGCCUUUACUCGUCGCGUCCUUGACCUUGCUCGCCGCCUUGCAGCACUUGGUGUUACCUACCCUGACACCGUCAUCUGCUGCCACCUCCUCGAAGGCCUCACUCCUGCCUUCGAUGCCCACAAGCUGGCCUACAUGCAACUCCUCUCCAAACAUGACACUCCCGCUCAAGUUGCCCAGUGGAUUAUCACCACCGAGGCAGAAAUCCUUCGCCACUCCUCCUCCACUGCCGCGGUAGCACAGCAGCGCAGCGGCAAAGGCGGACGUGGAGGGGGGCGUGGAGUCUUCGCCUUUUCCUCCGCACCCUCCACCUUCAUCCCAACCAUGUAUGAGGAGGCCAUGGCUUGUCCCGACGCCCCGCUCUGGCUCGCCGCCAUCAUCAAGGAGCUCGAGGCGUUUAUUGCCAACUCCUCCUUCGUUGAUGUGCCUCGCCCUCCCCCCUCUACGAACGUGGUCAAGGGGAAGUGGGUGUUUUGCGUCAAGCCCGCAAUCUUUUCGGAUGAUGAAGACAGCGUCGACGAUGCUCGUGCCACAUCCGCAGCGCCAGGUGGCAUUGAUGACGUGGCAGCGGCAGAAGCUGCCACGCGGGCUCUUGCCCGGCUGGAGGCAGGUGACUUCCUGGAGGGGCUGGGCGAGGAGCUGGGCUUGCAGGUGGACCCGGGGGAGGUGCGACGCGGGGCAGGGGGCGAGGGCAGGCGAGAGGAGAGGGAGGGCAGCAAGGGUGCGAAGCGGGAGAGUAAGGCGGGAAAGGAGAGGGCAGGAAAGGAGCAGGAGGGUGGUGUGUGGGGCCAGGGGCGUGAUGGCGCUGGCAUGGCAGGCAGUGCAGGGGUUGCAGUUGAAGCAGGGCAGGCGGAACGAGCAAGAGAAGGAGGUGAUAAUGCGGCAGGUGGAAGCGGGGCGAGUGAGGCACGUGUGGGGCAGAGUGAGUGGGGAGGCAGUGGAGACGGUAUGGGUUAUGCACAUGGAGGCAUGAGGGGUGGUGCCAUGGGGGAAGGAAGGGGCGCACUUGCUGCUGCCGCUGCUCCAGCUGUCGCUGCUGUCAAGAAGAAGAAGCGUGUGCUGACGUCAUCGUCGUCGUCAUCAGCAUCGUCGGGGUCUGACUCGGAUAGCGCAGGCUCUUUGUCUGGUGGAGGGGAGGGGAGGAGGAGGAGGAAGGAGGGGGUGAAGAAGAGGAGCAAGAAACGGUCACGAGAGACUGAUGGGGGGAAGAAGCAAUGGAAGAGGACGAAGAGACGAGAGAGCGGGAGUACAGGAAGUGAAGAAUCAGAUGAUGCAGCGAGGAGGAAGAAGAAGCACAAGAAGGCAUCACGGAGAAAGCACCACAGGGGAAGGCAUGAGAGCAGCAGUGAGAGCGAUGGGAGCAGCAGUGAGGGUGGCUACUGUGGGAGUGACAGCAGCAGCGAGAGGAGGCACACCAAGAGCAGACGGCGGCAUGAUGAUAAGGGGGGGCGCAAGAGGCGCAACAAGCGACGUGAUGGCUUGCUCGUCUUCGGCCGCAGCUUGCUCGUCUUCGGCCGCAGCUUGCUCAUCUUCGGCCGCAGCUUGCUCGUCAUCGGCCGCAGCUUGCUCGUCAUCGGCCGCACCUUGCUCGUCAUCCGCCACAGCUUGCUCGUCAUAGGCAGUAGCUUGCUCGUCAUCGGCCGCAGCUUGCUCGUCAACGACCGCAGCUUGCUCGUCAUCGGCCGCAACUUGCUCGUCAUCGGCCGUAGCUUGCUCGUCUCCAGCCGUAGCUUGCUCGUCUUCGGCCGUAGCUUGCUUGUCAUCGGCCGCAGCUUGCUCGUCAUCGGCCGCAGCUUGCUCGUCAUCGGCCGCAGCUUGCUCGUCAUCGGCCGCAGCUUGCUCGUCUUCGGCCGCAGCUUGCUCGUCUUUGACUGCAGCUUGCUCGUCUUCGGCCGCAACUUGCUCGUCUUCGGCCGCAGCUUGCUCGUCUUCGGCCGCAGCUUGCUCGUCUUCGGCCGCAGCUUGCUCGUCAUCCGCCGCAGCUUGCUCGUCAUCAGCCGCAGCCUGGUCGUCAUCGGCCGCAGCUUGGUCGUCAUCGGCCACAGCUUGGUCGUCAUCGGUCGCAGCUUGCUCGUCAUCGGCCGCAGCUUGGUCGUCAUCGGCCGCAGCUUGCUCGUCAUCGGCCGCAGCUUGCUCGCCAUCGGCCGCAGCUUGCUCGUCAUUGGGCGCAGCCUUCUCGUCAUCGCGCGCAGCCUGCUCGUCAUCGGCCGCAGCGUGCUCGUCCUCGGCCGCAGGCGCCCUAUCGGCCCCGUCGCCCACCCCUGCGGCCCUGGCGCCGCCCUUCCCGGCCCCGGCGCCGCCUCUGCUGGCCCCGUCGCCUACCCCUGCGGCCCCGGCGCCGCCCUUCCCGGCCCUGGCCCCGCCACUGCUGGCCCCGUCUCCUACCCCUGCGGCCCCGGCGCCGCCUCUGCUGGCCCCGUUGCCUACCCCUGCGGCCCCGACGCCGCCCUUCUCGGCCCCGGCCCCGCCUCUGCUGGCCCCGUCGCCUACCCCUACGGGCUCGGCGCUGCCCUUCCCGGCCCCGGCGCCGCCUCUGCUCGCCCCGCCGCCGUCCCCACGCGACCCCGCCGUCACCACCGAGCCGCCGGCGCCGCCGAGCUGCUGCCGAGCCGCCAGAGCCACCCGAGCCGCCCGAGCCGCCGCGCCACCUGA